UACUUAGAGCAUCCUCUUUGCUUUAUUUCUCACAACCAGGCCUUACCUGUUACUACAUGGCAUAGGGAGAGACCCCCCAAAGUAACAUAUUCUCAAAAAAUGGUGGUUAGUAUUUAGUACGGAAAAUAUGUGAUGAGACAGCGAGUUUAGGCUGUAAAAUAGCGUUAUCUAUUUUUAAUAAGCGGGGCCAUAUAAAGUUGAAAGCAACUUAACAAACUGUAGACAUGAAGAGAUCUACAUACAAAUCAUUUUCUGUUACUUUCUUUAAAGUUGUUGCUACUUGCUAGUAUCCAAUAUUAGCUUACUACUAGGGUGUUUGAAAGAGAUGGGGAAGACAGGCAAAUGGCUUAGAAACUUGUUGACAGGUAAGAAAGACAAGGAAAAAGAGAAGGGAAAAUCUACAACCAACCUGAAUUGUUCUUCAAAUGGAACAGAAAACUCAACCACUCCAACUUGCACAACCCCAAAGGAGAAAAAGAGAUGGAGUUUUAGAAGAUCAUCAGCCUCAGCCACUACUGCCACAACCACACCACCAACAACUUCCAAGGAAUUGAAUUUUGUAGAAACAAAUGUGACUGUUUCACAGACGGUGCAAACUGACACUGAUAUUCAGAAUGAGCAGAGGAAGCAUGCCAUGGCUGUGGCUGCUGCCACUGCAGUAGCAGCUGAUGCUGCAGUGGCAGCUGCUCAGGCUGUAGCUGCUGUGAUCCGUUUGACUUCUGCUUCCAAUGGAACAUCUAAAAGCAUUGAAGAGGCUGCUGCCAUCAAAAUCCAAUCUUCCUUUCGCUCUCACCUGGCAAGAAAAGCAUUGUGUGCUCUAAGAGGAUUAGUGAAGUUGCAGGCACUAGUAAGGGGUCACUUGGUGAGAAAACAAGCCAAGGCAACACUGAGAUGCAUGCAGGCUUUGGUGACAGCACAAGUCAGAGCUCGUGCUCAGAGGAUCCAAAUGGGGUCUGAAGGAAACCCUAAUCAAAAGCACAGAAAUGCCACGGAGGAUAAUUUGUUCAGGCAUAUAUAUAAUGAAAUGGACAGAGGCUUGGAAGACAACAUCAAGAUUGUAGAAAUGGAUGUUUGUGAAUCAAAAGGUAACUCCAUAAGCAGAAACAGCAGUGUAUGUCAUCAUGGACAUGAAGAACAAUAUGACAACAGAUUUUCCACACAUUAUUCAACAAACGGUUUCUACUCAAAGGAAGAAAAUUACAAGGUAUCACCGGCUCCAUCAGCAUUGACAGAGUUGAGUCCAAGAACCUGCAGUGGCCAUUUUGAGGACUCUUUCAGCACAGCACAAAGCAGUCCUCACCCUCAGUUCUACUCUGCAGUGUCAAGAACAGAAGAUUCAAAGCACCAUUUUGCUUUCCCUAGGCCAGCUUAUGCAGAAUCUAUGUCCUAUGACUACCCUUUGUUCCCAAAUUACAUGGCUAACACUGAAUCAUCAAGGGCCAAAGUCAGAUCACACAGUGCACCAAAACAAAGACCAGAUUCAUUCGAGAGGCAACCAAGCCGGCGAAGAGCUUCAGUUGAGGGAAGAAAUGUCCCAAGGCCAGUGAGGAUGCAAAGAUCAUCUUCACAUAUGGGUGCCACUGCCCAUAACUACCAUUAUCCUUGGUCAAUCAAGCUUGAUAGAUCCGCAGUUUCACUCAAAGAUAGUGAAUGUGGCUCUGCAAGUACAGUGCUCACUAACACUAAUUAUUGCAGAUCACUUGUUGCAUAUGACCCACGUGGAGAUAGGUACUGACUACUGAGAAAGUGCACCUUGUGCUACGCCAAAUAGUAGUCACUUUGCAAGAACACCAAAAUCUAGAGUUGAGAGUUUCAGUUUGCUGAGUUUUUCUCCUUUUAGAUUUCAAAACAAAAUAAUAACUCUGGUUUUACAAUAAAGAGUUGUUGCGAGGGAUUGAUUGAAGUCCAAUGAUUGUAGAGAUUCUUCUUCUAUUCGUUGUCUGCCAUGUUUGUGGAUUGCUUUGUAAUAAAACAUUGUAACGGGUUUUGGUCUGUAUAAAUUUUACUAAGUGAGAUAUUAACAAUGUGAGCAAUGAUAUUUGUGAUAACAAUUCGUAAAGGCCGUCGAAUGCUAAUACAUUGUUCUUUAAAACCCA